ACGACCAUCAAUCGAUGUACGACGCCCGAGCAUUCAAGAUAUGGACGAGAAGAUCAAUCUACCUUCGACACCGUUGCGAGCCAUCGGCGAAGAAGGCAAAGCAGCAGCCAUCGUCGACUUCCAGGAAAGCUACUCCGCCGUUGAAGAUCAAACCGGUUACAUCUCGGUUCAGGUCGAGGGCAACCCCGCUCCGACGUGGAAGUUCUUCAAGGGCAUCACCGAGCUCAUCGAUGGAGGUCGCUACAAGCAUCACACCGAUGGCGAAAGCAACACCAUCACGCUGUGCAUUCGAAAGGUCAAACCGAACGACGAAGGCAAGUAUAAGGUCGUGGUUUCCAACCCGCACGGCGAGGAUUCGGCCGAGGUGCAGCUGUACGUGUCCGACUCCAGCGGCAUGGACUUCCGCGCCAUGUUGAAGAAGCGAAAGUAUGCCAAGUGGGCCAAGGAGAAGGAAGAGAUGGUCAUCGACCUGAAGGAGGUUGAAAAGCCGAAGCCGCAGCUGAAGAAAGUGGAACGAAAACAAGACACCUUCUCUAGGCCACUGGUGGACAUCACUUGCAAGGAAGGCCGCGAAAAGAAGGUCGUUUUCGAAUGUGCCUUCACCAAACCGAAUGCCAAGGCCAAGUGGAUGCUGCGAAAAGACGAAAUCUUCACCGGUGCCAAGUACAAGUUCAAGAAUGAGGGUGAUGUGUACACUUGUGUUGUGUUGAAUCCCAAGGUUGAAGACAGCGGAAAGUACACAAUCGAAAUUGCCGGAAUCUCCUGCAUGGCCUAUCUGACCGUUGAGGAAGCAGAUCCAGUGUACAAAUUCACCAAAACGUUGAAGAAAAACGAGAAGGGCUUCAUCACGCACGACACUCAUUUGGAGUGCGCCGUUGAUAACUCGUUGGCUCCUAUCUCCUGGUGGAAGGGCGAAACCAAGCUGGAAAAUGAUGGCGAAAAGUACGUCAUCGGUAAGGACCUGAACGGUACGGUUACUCUAAUUAUCAAGAACUCCACUUUGGAUGAUGCCGAAACCUACACUUGUAAGAUCGAGAAGCAGACGGACAAAACCGAAACCAAGCUAAAGAUCCUGGAGUACAACUACAAGUUCACCAAAGUGCUCAAGAGCCAACAGCUGUUCGUCAAGGAUACGGUUACGUUGGCUUGCGAGUUAGACCACGUACUCGGCACGGUUGAAUGGUUCAAGGGAGACGAGAAAAUCGUGGAAAAUGACAAGGUUCAGAUCAUCAAGGAUGGUCGCAAGCACAAGUUGGUGCUGAAGGACGUCGCAAAGACCGACAGUGGCAUGUACCGAUGUGUUAGCAAUGCCGACAAAACCGAAGCAGAAAUCUUUGUUAAACGACCAAACAAGUUCAUGAAGAAGCUGCAGGAUACCACCGGGGACGAAACAACCGAGUGCGUGCUCGAAAUGCAAGUUCAAGACGAGGAGGCUGACGUACAGUUCUUCCUCGGCGAAAAGGAAAUUGUCAAGAGCGAUCGCAUCGACAUUGUCGCCACCGGUGACGGAACGUGGAAGCUGAUCUACAAAAAGCUGGAACUGGAUGACGCCGGUGAGAUCACCUGCGUCUGUGGACCGCUUACCAGCAAGUGCACAUUGAAGGUCAACAAGAAGGAAACGAAACCGAAAUUCGAGGUACCACCCAAAGUGGAAACACCGGCCAAGAAGGAGAAGGUCAUAGAGGUUCCAUUCACGACCGGUGAAUCGCGUCAGUCUAAGGUCACCGCUAAGGUGUUCAAAGAUGGUAAGCCGGUUUCACCGGCCGAGGUUGAUAUAGUUGUAGAGAAUGACAAGGUCGUGCUCAAGUUCAAAAAGACCGAGUUCAAGGACUCGGGCGAGUUUAAAAUUGUGCUGGAAAAUGCUACCGGCGCGGAGGAGCAUACCACCAAUGUUGUAUUUCAGGACAAACCGCAACCACCGCAAGACAUCGAGUGUACCAACAUCUUCCAGACGAGGUGUGUGGUCAAAUGGAAGGCCCCCGUCAACGAUGGUGGUGCUCCGUUGACCAAGUACGUUCUCGAACGGCAGGAUGUAUUCAAACGAUCCGGCUGGGACAAACUCGAAGAUGUGCCCGGGGAUCAGACCAAAUUUGCCGUUACUGAUCUUACGCCUACUCGACACUACAAAUUCCGUGUCAAAGCUGUUAACAAAAUGGGCGAAUCGGACUACUGCAGCAUGGAGGAGGACAUCAUAGCCAAGGACCCAUGGAACGAACCAGAUCCGCCAAGGGAUCUAGUGAUCUCCAAUUGGGACAAGGAGUUUGUAGAUCUCGCUUGGAAGGUGCCCAAGUCGGACGGUGGGGCACCAAUUCAGAGCUACAUUGUCGAGUACAAACCGUACACGGCUGCCAAUUGGAAGCAAUUUGAAACUGUUGGUCCCACCCAGCUGACAACAACGCUUCGCAACCUGCCGGUUGGCGAGACCUUCGAGUUCCGCGUGAAGGCCACCAAUCAGGGUGGCGAGAGCAAACCAAGCAAUAACACCGAACCACUGAAGAUCAGGGAUCGCUACGUCAAACCCUUCAUUGAAGGUGACGGCAUCCAGCCGAUCACUUUGAAAAAGGGCCAGACCAUCCGGUACUAUGUACAGUACGGAGGCGAACCGGAACCCGAGGUCGUCUGGGAGAAGGACGACAUUCUCAUCAUUUGCGAUUCGGAGAAACGCAAGACAAUCGAUGUAGAAGCGUACGCUACCACUCUUAACGUUCGACAUUCCGUACGUGCCGAUUCUGGCACGUACAAGCUGAAGCUCAAGAACAGUAGCGGAGAAUUCGUAACGGCAGCUAAGGUGUUGGUGCUGGACGUUCCAACGCAGCCCAUUGGUCCGAUUAAGAUCGAAAAGGCAAGAGCCAACCACGUGGUUAUCAGCUGGCAACCACCGGUAGAUACGGGAGGUUGCCCACUGACUGGAUACCUGCUGGAAAAGAUGGACGUCGAGAACGGCACUUGGCUACAGGCCGGCGAAUGCGGCCCCGAUCAACUCACCUUCGACUUCCAGCAUUUACAGAAAGGAAGGAAGUUCGAGUUCCGGGUUAAGGCCUACAACAAGGAGGGUGAAUCAACGCCUUUGGAGACGUUGCUUGCGGUAAAAACGGUCAAUCCCUAUGGUAAGUGCACUGAGCUGUUCGAUCAACGUCCAUUCAAUGAUGAAAUCUUAAAUCUAUCUGUGUGCCAUCUGUUAGAAACCAUUCAUUGAUAUAGUUGUG